AUGGAAAAUCACGAAGAAAAGAAGACUGAGGAAUCAGUAAAAGACAGUUUGAGCGAAGCACGUCGUCGCAUCAGUGAAGAAAGGAACAAGCCUGUAGUUCAGACAGGUGACCACGUGGUUAUUGCAAAAAAUGUCUCUUCAGGUGUAAAGGGAAUUGUUAGAUGGUAUAAUGCGCAUCGACGUUACGGAUUUAUUGCUCGUGAUGGUGACAGCGCUAACGACAUUUUUGUACACCAGAACGCAAUUGCAAAUUCACGUGUCAUCAAGCAGCAUUUGCGCAGUCUUGGUGCGGGAGAGGAAGUCCAGUUUGACAUUGUCAGAGGUAAGCGUGGAUUAGAGGCUGCCAAUGUCACAGGUCCCGACGGUACUAAAGUGAGUUGA